AUGAAGAAAUCAGAGAAAGACCGCAGCGAGAAAGCUCUGCAGAAGUUAGCGAGCCAGUACCUAAAGAGAGACUGGCCCGGAAUCAACCCUGAUGACCAGAGAACAGACUAUAGGAAUGUGUAUGCAGUGUGGAGGUCCUACUUAGAAGGUACGGUGCAGGUAAGCCAGUCCAGGCUCAACGUGUGUGAUAACUACAAAAGCCAAGUAUCAGAGCCUGCUAAGACUGUUAGACUCUACAAGGAGCAGCAGCUCAAAAAGACCAUAGAUCAGUUGAGCGGCAUUCAAGCCGAGCUGCAGGAGUCGGUGAAAGAGUUGGCCAAAGCCAAGAAAAAAUACUACGACUGUGAGCAGGUUGCCCACGCUGUACGAGAGAAGGCUGACAUAGAGGCCAAGUCCAAACUGGGUCUUUUUCAGUCAAGAAUUAGUUUACAGAAAGCAAGUGUGAAGUUGAAAGCUAAGAGAAGUGACUGUAACUCCAAGGCAACACAGGCCAGGAACGACUACUUGCUAACGCUAGCUGCUGCCAACGCUCACCAUGACCGGUACUACCAUACAGAUCUACUGCACUGCAUACAGGCCUUGGAUGGCAGGAUCUAUGAGCAUGUGAAAGACUACCUGGUAGCACUUUGUCGUACCGAGCUAGAAGCCUCCCAAGCCACACACAACACCUUCCAGUUCCUGUUGGACAAAUCCACCAGGAUAAUACAAGAGUUCAACCAGCAGAUGUUCAUGCAGGAGAACCCAGUGUUUCACAAAGCACACGACUUCCAGUUCCAGCCCAGCGAAUGUGACACGAGUCGUCAGCUGGAGUCAGAGACAGGGACGACGGAGGAGCACAGUCUGAACAAGGAGGCCAGGAAGUGGGCAACCAGAGUGGCCAGGGAACACAAGAACAUCAUACAUUACAAGAGAUGUCUGGAGGAGUGUGAGAGCCAUGGCUUGCCGCCCACAGAGCAAGGCAGACUAGAUCUGGAGAUGAAGAUAGAAGACACCAAAGAAAACAUGCGCAAAGCUGAGACAAUAAAGUUGAAAGCUGAGGCUCGGUUGGACCUUCUGCGGCAAGUGGGGGUUGCUGUGGAUACCUGGCUAAAGAGCGCCAUGAACCAGGUGAUGGAGGAGCUGGAGAAUGAACGCUGGGCCAGCUACACUUCCCACGAUCCCUCACUGUCGGGCACAGUGGACUUGGACCGUGAGGAGGGAGAAGAGUGUGAAGAGAAUAUGGAGGUUUUUGACGACAGCAGCUCUAGUCCUUCGGGAACCCUCCGAAACUAUCCUCUAACCUGCAAAGUCCUGUACUCGUAUAAGUUAGCCAUGAGCCGAGUCAAGACUGCCAAGAAGGCUUGUCAGACACCUAUAGGUGACAUCACGGAGACUACCGUCAGGCCAAGGUUCAAUGAAUGUUUGGGCCUGUAA